AUGGAAGCUCUACACCUUAUCUUGGGCCUUCUGCUGGUGCUCCGAGUCUCAGCUAUCGUGCCGUAUCCCAACCACGCCAUCGAUCUCGUCGUUAAUGAGCCGCCAUCGUACGUUCGUCCGUAUGUCAUACCUGAUCUCAGCGGCCCAGCAGUCGUCCUCAUUAACGAUGUGAUCCGGGCCCCUAUCAACAACGAGUCCUCUGGUGGGGCCUUCUCUGUGCUUCAGCUCAAUGCUCAGCCUUACGUUCGCUCUGGCUACGGAGACCUGUUCCAGUCGCCACCACAUUAUCACACACGCUUCCACGAAACCUUCUUCUGCUACAAAGGAUCGGUCACGCUCUGGGCAAACGGCGAAGCCCGUAUGCUUACGGCGCAAGACUUUGGCAGCAUGCCCACGUACCAGAACCAUUCUUAUUCCUUCACCGAGCCGGAUAGCACACUUGUCGCCUUCAUCCACCCGGGUGGCUUCGAGAAGUUCUACUUCAACGUCUCCGCCCCUUUCAACGACCCGACCUCUGCACCCUUUCCACCCGACAUUCAUACCCGGUUUCUCGAACAAACCUUCGAAGCUGCCAUCGGGCCGAAGUAUGAUGUCUUUCCCAUCUUCAAUAAUCAAUUCAGUUUCAACUUCACGAACGGGACGACCAAUCCAUCUCUGCCUUGGCACAAUGGAAACAACACAGCACCACAGGACGAUCACGAGCCGUACUAUCUCGCCAACAACUGGUCUCCAAAGUACCUCCACCGCGCCAAAGGUCGAGUCAUCCAGCCUCGCGUUCAAGCAGCACAGUCCGCGGGCAACUUCACCCUCAGCACCAUGGUAAUGCGGCGCAAGCUGGCCAACGAAACAGCUACCGAGUACCAAUUCGAUGCACCGCAAUUCUUCCAGGUGUUGGAAGGGGUGAUGAUGAUCCGCAUGGUGCAUCAGACUGUUGCAAUGAGUACAGGGGACGUGGCCUUCAUUCCAGGCGGGACCUGCUUCCAGUACUGGAGCGAAGUUGCUUUCACGAAAGUCUACUUCGGUGGCAGUGGAUCAAGCGGUCUUAGCGAUACCUUGAUCAAGCAGGCAGAGCUCUGGCCAUAUGCCGUGUUCCCAUCCUACAUUGGCUGA